CUUAAAUCCAAUGGAUUAGAAACCCCCACAUGGCACAAUCCCAAGCCAAUAUCCAAAAUUUUCCAUUUGUUUUAAUCCCUUACCAAACACGGACCAACCACCCCACCCCAGUUGACAAGACCGUCUCAAAACCUCAAAACUCUCAUGGCGCUCCAGGCAUGGUUCAUGCAAGAAAGUGAUGAUGAUCAAAGGUUACCACACCACAAGAACCCGCCCGAAUCCGUUUCACUGGAGCAGUUGGCGGAUCUUGGAGUUCUCUACUGGCAUUUGGAUCCGGAUAAAUAUGAGAAUGACCCGGAACUGGAUAAGAUUCGACGAGCCAGAGGAUACAGCUACAUGGAUUUGCUGGACUUGUGUCCUGAGAAAGUGGAGAACUACGAGCAGAAGCUGAAGAACUUCUACACAGAACACAUACACGCUGAUGAGGAGAUACGCUAUUGUUUGAAAGGGAGUGGCUACUUUGAUGUCCGGGACAAGGAUGACCAUUGGAUCCGUAUCCUGAUCAAGGCGGGCGACCUCAUCGUUUUGCCUGCUGGGAUUUACCAUCGGUUCACCCUCGACACCAAUAACUACAUCAAGUUGAUGAGACUGUUUGUGGGCGAGCCCAUAUGGACACCCUUCAAUCGGCCUCAGGAGGAUCAUCCAGCAAGAAAGGAGUACAUGAAGAGCAUGGCUGAGGAGGUUGGAUUACCGGUUGCAGCUAACUGAUCAGCAUGUUUCCUGAGGUGGAUUCUGGUACAUCAUGUUUAUGUUCUAAUUGCUAGUGUUUGUUGGUGCAUAUAAGGAAGAAACUUCUGUAACAUUGGUAUACGGUUGUUAUUUACACAUGUAAUGUAAUGGUCAUUGUUCCUCUUUUGUUUUUAA